AUGGAAGUACAACGUCGGAAACUUAAUCUCCGAGUCUCCUUGCCUGACUCUACCCAUUGCUGCCCUCGUUUCCCCCUCCGACUCCCCCCAGCUUCGCUCUUCUCCGCUGCCACAACCACCACCCUAUCCCAAGAAGUCGAUAGCCUCUCCGACCUGGAGAAACUUAAAGUGAUCGGACAUGGCAAUUGCGGCACAGUCUACCAAGUCCGCCACAACCUCACCUCCACCAUCUACGCUCUCAAAGUCGUACGUGGAGACUGCGACACUACAGUCCGCAGCCAGAUCGUCAACGAGAUGGACAUCCUUCGUCGUACGGAUUCUCCCUUCAUCGUUCGGUGCCAUGGCAUUUUCGAUGAUCCUUUCGGAGACAAUGCGAUCCUCAUGGAGUACAUGGAUGGCGGCACACUCGACACUUACGUGAAAUCUCAUGGAAGCUUCUCAGAGCUCUCACUCUCCACCAUUGCUCGCCAAGUCCUCAAAGGUCUCAACUACCUUCACUCCAAGAAGAUCGUCCACAGAGAUAUCAAGCCUUCGAAUCUAUUGGUGAAUCAGAAGAUGGAAGUAAAGAUUGCAGACUUCGGUAUCAGCAAGAUCAUGAGAGAUACACUCCAACGCUGCGACUCUUUUGUGGGUACUUGUGCUUAUAUGAGCCCUGACAGGCUGGAUCAAGACACCUACGGUUCCAACUACGACGGUUACGCAGCCGAUGUAUGGAGCUUGGGGCUUACUGUAUUGGAGCUUUACGUGGGUCACUUCCCCUUGCUUUCUCCAGACCAGAGACCUGAUUGGCUCACACUAACAUUGGCCAUAUGUAACGAAGAACUACCAAGCUUGCCUGAUAGUGCUUCGGAGGAGUUUCAAAGCUUCAUCAAGUGUUGUUUGCAGAAGGAUUCCAAUCAGAGAUGGACGGUUUCGCAGCUCUUAUCACAUCCUUUUAUCUCCAACGAUCGGGAAUCUGAAAAUUGA